GUAUUUUCCUACCAGCCAUGGAAAGGUCAACUGGUGAUCAACUCUUUCACCUUUGAAAUUGGACUGAAGUCCAGCAGUGGAGCUUUGUUACCAGCAAAACUCCCGGAGAUGUUAGAGAUCAAAAAUGCAGUCAGAGUGUCUGAUCUGAGAGUGAUACUGCCUAAAGAAAUUUUUGAAACCUGUUUUUCUGGUGAAGUCAUGGUGGGAGGAAAAUGUUGCAGUCUUUUUGAAGUGGCAUCCACUGAUGCAGAUGACAAAAAACUCCCAAUUCUCACUAAUGAGCUAAAGAAGACAGACAUAGCUCUUGUUUUUCAUUUGGGGGAUUCUGGAUUUUUUGUGGUCUUACACUCGUCGUAUUUCCUUUCAUAUGAAGAUGCAAAUUCAGAGAAAACAGAGGCUUUACAAGGCAUGUUUGUAUUUCCAGAGAGUCGAAUUAUAUACAAAGAUACUAAGAUAAACUGGAAGAAGUCACCACUAUCAUCUGAUAUUCUUCAAGUUCUACCAGCACUGAACUAUGCCGAGACGGAAAUGGAAAAGGCUGGCUUGGAUCAGCAUGAGAAAAUGAGAGUGGUGUUGGAAAAACACUUUGAACAUUAUGGGAACCUGAUUCAUCCAGGAUUGCAGAGUAGUCCUGCAAGGGAAGCCAGUAUGUUUCCGGACCAGUAUGACGUGCCUCCUGUAUUCAAGCAUCUUUUUCCUAUGCCAAAGUGGACAGAUGACAGCAGCUUGCAAAUGAAGCUGUACUUGGGUCAGCCUAGCUCCUUUGAGUUUCCAGUCAAAAGGGCUGUUGAUCUGAUUCGGGCAGGUCAAGAGCAGCAUAGAGAUGAACCAGAAGAUGAGGUGUAUUAUUACAUUUCAUCUCCAGAGGGUCCUAGUACUCCCAGCAGUGUUAGGCUUGAAAAGAAUGAGGAUGAGGGUUUAAACUCCACGGCUGAGGAGUUAGCAGUUAAGUCCAAGGGAAUUGACUCAUCUUCUAAGGACUUGACAGACACAUCUGAGGGAAAUGACUCUACAGCUAAAGAGUUGGCAGAGACCCUUAAGCCAGCAGAAUUAACCCCUGAAUCAAAACAGCCUCACAUUUCAGAUUCAAGUAAUAGAACCACUGAGGUACAGAGCGAAAAAGGCAGCCAUGCUUCACCAUCAUUGCAUUCAGGGGUGGAGCUCACUGUAACAGCAGUGUCCACAGAGGUGUUAAAGCCCACAGGUACGGCAGCCACACAAAAAGCUUUGACGGUCUCUGUUUCGCCUCUGCCAUCAACACAUGGUGAUGACCACACACCACAAAUAAGCUCGUCUCUGGAUGUGAUGGUGAAAGAAAGCACAUCUGACCAUGCAACUGUUGCUUCUGAACAGUCUGCUGACGUCAAAGUCUCAGAGAUUGACACAAAUGUGGCCGUUGGUCCACAAACAGUUAACAAAGUACUUGCUGAAAGCAAAGGAAGCGUACCUCGCCGUUAUGGUAGGAAACGCAAGAGAAAGUUUCCAAAAGCUGUACCUAAGAUAAGCUUAAAGCAGCCAUCGGAAUGUAGUAGCUCCCCGGUGAUCGAAACAAAGACCACCGAUGGGCAUUGUUCUGAGACAGGACAGAAUCAACCUGAUACUGAACUCGUGAACCACAUAGCAAUGGACGCAGGGAACAGCAAAGACUUGAUUGAGCCACAGGUUAAUUUGUCCAGCAAGAUCUGUCCCAAUACACCUGUGGAAAAUAGUUCUCUACAAUUUUCAGAAAGCACAAAGGACCAGUCUUCUGAAACUGAAGUUCCCUCUGAACCCAGCAAGAGCAGUAAUCCAGGAGAUGAUGGGAAACCUGAUACUUCCCAGAGGGAUGGGAAAGAGGUUUUGGAAGAGUUUAGAGAGACUACACAAACGCAUCCACUAAAAAGGAAGAUGGUUCCCAGCAAGAGCAGUAAUCCAGGAGAUGAUGGGAAACCUGAUGCUUCCCAGAGGGAUGGGAAAGAGGUUUUGGAAGAGUUUAGAGAGACUAGACAAACACAUCCACUAAAUAGGAAGAUGGUUCCCAGCAAGAGCAGUAAUCCAGGAGAUGAUGGGGAACCUGAUGCUUCCCAGAGGGAUGGGACAGAGGUUUUGGAAGAGUUUAGAGAGACUAGACAAACACAUUCACUAAAAAGGAAGAUGGAGAAAGAGUGUCUGAGGGCUGACUUGAAAUCGAUAAUUACAGACUGUGGAAAACUAUUUGUUCCUCAUGGCAGGGAAGUGCCAAGUAAGGAUUUGGAGUUAGCAAUGAAAAGGCAGAAAAUAGCUGAUGGUGAAAGUGGUUUGAAGACAACGGAGGAACAGCUUGUGUCAUCAAAAGAUGCAAAAGACAUUGCAAGUGCUAGUAAGCUAAGCAAUGAUGCGCUGGUGACUGGUGAUUUAUCAGCACUGUCAUGUCAGUCUGAGCAGAAAGCUCCAAAUGGAAAUUCUUCUAGCAAAACAAAAAACACAGAUGGUGUUCAGUCCACAGAGGGGGAGACAAAGGACGACUCCAGCACAGAACCUCAGAAGAAGAAGAAAAGAGGCUCUGAAUACAGUAUCAUUUCAAUUAGCCAGCUAAGGACUGUUUUUAGGAGAGAUAAGAAAGACAAUGCUUCAGCUGUGGACAAAGUAAAAGACACUGCAAGUAAAGAGUCUGAGAACUCUGUAAAAGAAGAUGCAAAAAGCAAUGAACCUAAAUGCCUUGAUGCCUGUCAAGGUAAUCAAGACCAGACACCCUCAGCUGUGCCUGCUACGGAUGAUUCAAGAAGCCAACAGGCAACUAAGGAGAAAGAACAAGUGCCAAGGCCAGAACAGAAACCAGCUGAUUCAGAACACACUGCCUCUGACAUAAAGUUGGGCAAGGAUGUGAAUACUUCAGCUCUAGUCAGGCAAACUUCACUUGAUAAACCGCUGUUGCCUAAAAAGGCAAGGACUGCCAGGAAAAACAGUGCCCCAAGAAAAUGGCAGAAGGCAGGAAGGAGGAAAGUCAAAGACAUUCCCAAAGAAAAUGAGCACCUCAGUUCUGAAACAUCAACAUCUCUUAAUGCUGACUUGUUGAAACAGACUCUGUGUCAGACAGCAAGCGACAUCCUGACUGGGCACGGCUUGGAAGAGCUGUGUGUCAGCUCAGACAAGAGCCGCAGUUUGGAAGUCGUCAACUCCACACUUCUGCCCGCAGACCCUCUGACCUUGCUGGCUGACUUGGCCCUCAGUGGCAGUGGUGGCAAAAAUACUAAAAUAGCUCAAAACCUGGGAGUAGAUAGCAGGCUUGGCCAAAAACAGGGCCUCCAAGACAGUGUGAAGGCGAGCAGCAGCGCCCAGGAUGCAGCCUCUGUCCUCCAUGCAUUGCUGAGGCGUUCUGCUGACUCCCAAAAGUUACCACCAAAGUUACCAGCACCCAGGGGUAUCGUUCACAAAGGGGAUUAUGUUGUGCUUGUUACAAAAGACCACCCUUACUCACAACCAAUGUUGGGUUUGUCAGGUGCACCACUCCAGGCCCUACCUUUGUCAAGGUGUUCAGAUUCAGAUCCCCACACCAGGACACAGCCGACAAGCAGUACAGACGACCGAAGAGUCCUGCACGCACAGCACAUCUUUGAGGACAAAAGGGUUGUGAGAAGGAAUGGAUUGCAACGGCAGCCACCCAUCAGAAAGCUAAUGACAUCCAAGGGGAAGGAGAUGCGGAGGUCCAAGCGCCGACAGAUUGUUGAGAAAGAUGGAUCGAUCAAAGUGACAAGACUCUGGAGGGAACAGUAUGACUUUCGUCUGGAUAGCAAGUUCACAAAUGAGGCGCAUGACAAGACUAUCACAAGAGCAUUGCAUGGCCCAUGGAAUUUCAACAUUGUGGACACCCCUGAAGAACUUCACCUGAUCUUCCACAUGUGGAUAGGUCUGUUCUAUACAAAAUCAACAUCCAGGUUCUUUCACAUCGACCCAAAUCUGAUUCUAGAAGAACGUGAAUGUACAAAAUUGCCAGAGGAAGUUGUCCUUCGUCUCCCAUCUAAUGUCCCUAAGUAUGAUGGAAGAAAAGUCCCCUCACAGAUUCAGACCCCAUUCGGAAUCUUACCCCCAAAAGCUCCUGCCAAGUUAGAGCUUUUAAGUACAAAAGAUGAGAGUAAGAACAUGUUUGUCCCUUCAGCUGAGGCAUUAGAUCUUUCAGUAAAAAGCUGUAGCCCAUUGGAUCUGACGCCUCUCAACUCCAAGACAAGGGAACCUUCUAGGACAGUGCAGGAAAGUCUUGCACCUCCUAAAAAUCUUCUGGAAAGCCAUGGACCCUCUAGAACUCCCCAAGGAAGCCAUGGAGGACCCAACAUUGGCAGUUCACUGAGGGAAGUACAGUCACAGCUGGUCUCAGCAAGCAAAGAUUCUGUGUCCAGAGUUUUCCACAUAACUGCCAGCAGUAGUGGUGUGAAAAGGGAUAUCAAUCUUGUCAGUUUACAUGGAACACAAACCAAGAUGCAUGGUCAUGCUCAGGAGAAUGCCAGCAGCAGCAUCCUUCAGCCCUCCAGCACCAACACUGCAGAAUGCAAAACAUUAGAUGACUGGAGGCGUUUGCGGGCAAUACACAAUGCUGCAGACAUGCAAAGGGUGUCUUACAGUUUGCCACCCGCAGCACAGACGGGCAGCAGAGCAUCUGCUGACAGUACUGAGGGAACUGGUCAAAAGGAUCUCAACCAGUCAUCACAGUCUGCGUUCAGCUCAACUACUACACCUGCAAAACCAGAGUGCAUUAACAGCAGCUCUAGGGUGGAGUCCUCAUCUCUUGACCAACAUGAAAGGGCCAGCCCUGUUCAGACAGCAGGCAGUCUCAUCAAGCCUGCUUCAGAAGUACCAGUAAAGUCUAGUACCAAUUUGUCAGGUGAAGCGGCAGUGUCUUCUUCAAAUGUUAAUGCUUCCACUCACAAAAUUGCAAUAGCAGUUAGUGAUAGCAUUGAUUCUUCAGUCAAGGCCAUCAAGAUGGUACAGAAUCAGAAAAUGCUGCAAGUGGAAGCAGAAGUGGCAAUUGAUGAACCUUGUAGUUCUAGAGGUGAUCCUGUCUCGACACUGCAUGUUUCACAUAAUUCCAACAAUGACACAACAUUUGGACAAAAUCUCAGUGAUGGUAAAGUUGAACUCAACACAAUAGCGCAGCAUUCACAGGCUGUGAAGACAGGUGCCAUUUUGGAGGUAGUCGGCUCUAAGGCUGAAAUAAGAACAGAGCAGCAGGAUUCCAGUUCAGUAACCCCCAGUGCUGUCAAUGAUCUUAAAGGAUUAACCUCUGAUAGCACACUAGCUGAUGAUCCAUGUAAUCAAAACGUUGAGAGAGCAAUGUGUGUAGAAGAACAAAAGGAAUCUGAAGACAAAAUCACAGUGACUGAGAAAAUUCGGAAUGACCCUGAAACUGAAACACUUCAGGAGUCUGAUUCGGAAGAUAGGCUAGUCAUUGAUGAAUCCAAAGUCAGCAAGGCUGAACAUCAAACAAACGUGUGCGUGUUGCUUUCAAAUGAUACUGUAGUUCAGUCAGUUAUAGUUGAACAGGACCAACAGAAAUCUGAGCUAUCAGCAUCAGUGACAUUGCAAGACGACUGCAAAGGUGAAACUUGUUUAGCUGCAGACAAUGGCACUAUUCCUGAGCCAUCAGUAACAUUGAUGUCUCAAAAUGAUCAUGAAGUUCUGCCUAGUUUAACUAAGCAGAAUAAAAUGAGCAUAAAUUCAGAAAGAAUAGUGACAGUCACAUCAGGCGAUGAAUUUGAACCUCAGCCUUGUUCAAUUAGUCAGAAUCCGAUAAAUCCUGAGCCAGCACUGCCUGUGCCUGGUCUAAAUUAUUUUGAAGAGCAGACUCAGAACAACCCAAAUACAGAAACAGCAGUCCAGACCAAUAAUGAAAAUGAAACAAUGACUGCUACAAUCAAGGAUCCGAAUGAAUCAAAUCCAAAUAUUCUAGUGGUUGAAGGUGAACAGAAAAACACAGAAGGCGAAACACGAGUCACUGAACUAUGUACAGAAGCAUUAUCGGAAGAGAAAAUCAGCUGUUCCAGAAGUAACACAAGCAUUGAUUCAAGUAAAAUAGAUGCACCAAUACCCGUGGAGAUGAAUAUCAACCUGGAAAGUGACAGAUCCACUACAAAUAGUGGCCAGUUAGCAGACACAGUCUUGGAGGUGGUGGGAGAGAUUGGACAUCAAAUUCUGGAUCAUGUUGUGUUGCAGAAGGAAGCAGCUGUGAAAGCACUGGGUCAGGAAGAGUUGGUAUUAACACCAGAGCAAGAUAAACAAAUCAGUCAGUCUUCAACUGUUACUGUGGAACAUACAAGAGGAGCUUCCAUAGCAGACAUUCCAUACGCUGUAGAAGAGCAGCCUACCAAAGAAUCUAUGUUGCCUUCAAGAGCAAAAGAAGAAAUGGAGACAGACAUCAGAUGCCCAACACCUACUGUGGAUGAGAUGCCUUACAUUAGUACUGCUUCUGAUAAGAUUUAUCACACCGUGGAUACUAGGAUUACCAGCCAAUGUUCCACUCCAACACAGGAUGAGCUGCCACCUGAUGGUGAGGGUAGUUUUCCUGUGGUGUCUUCAACCCUCCCUGACAGAGAUGUGCUUAACCCAGAAGUACCAGACAUUGCAGCUCUCAGUCAAAUGAUCUCAUGGUUCAGAAAUGAACAAAAGAAAAAGGAAUUAAAUGCCAUGGCAAGCAGGAAUUUGGGGCUGCCACAGUUCAUAUGGCCAAACCCUGAUCAGUCAGACAGAGAAAGUCACUGGAACAGUCCUGGCCAGUUCAAGUCAAAUGAAGGUCUCCAAAACAUUUCCUCAGAAUUAAACGCACAAAACACUGAGUCUUAUCACAUUCAGUAUGGUGACUUAACAGAUUUGAAGGCAGAUGGCAUGACUUUGUAUCCACAAAGUACACACAGUGUAAGUGAAAAACAUGGUUUGGCCAUGUAUGCAAAUGAGUCAGGGUUAAAUCCCACAUAUCCAAAUUCAAAUCUUCCAUAUUGGUCUUAUUCAAAGAAUGUUGCACAUGAAAGUUGCCAGCCUUUAAGUGAGGCUGACUCUAAAAAUAGGAUGGAAGUCCAACUCGAUCAAGAAAGAGAACGUUUUGAUACCACAUCAGCUUCAACUGUGAUGAGAGAUGAAUGGGGUUAUUGGGAAGAGAUGUGCAGUGAACAAGCAAAUUCAUCAGAGAAACAUCAACAGUGGAGAUAUUUGGAAUAUGGUGGUGUAAAUCGUCACACUAGGAAGAAGAAAAAAGAGAAAGUUCAUGAGACAUCCAGCUCCAGUUCGGACACAAGUUCGGAUUCAGAUUCAAGUUCAAGUUCUGAUACUUCUUCAAGUAGCAGUGAGCAAAAGUCCCUGGAUGAGUCCCACAAGCGUUACAAAAAAGGAGAGAGACUUCGAGUAACAGUGGAAGUCAAACGAGAACAUUUAAAUUUUUCUGGUCUACGUCCGGAGCCUGUCUUACCUGUCUUGGAUAGAAACAAACCCAGGAUCAUUCCUGUCAUGAAACCUAAAAUAGGUAUGCAUUCUCGGACAAUUCAAAACACAUACCAUAAAGGUACUCACAGAUAUGUGGAAAAGUUUCUGCAGAAAUGGAAUGAUCUGCAUCAGACUGAGGAUGAUGUCACGCAAUCAUCGAUGGAUUUUGAGUAUCUCGUCUUUUCAGAAAAGAUGAGUGACAUUCUCAAAAGAAGUAGGCCAAACGAACCACAGAAAUUAAUCACCGCCAGCAAGCCCCCAGUGACCAUACAAUUUUCAAGUCUGAAUGAACAGGAGACAUCUGAGGAGAUUGGUGAAAAUCUUCCAAUGCUUUCCGAAUGUCAAAUCCAGGUCACUUUGCCUGGUAGACAAGAGGAGCAAGAGGAAGAUUCUGGACCUAUUCGUCUCCCAAAACUUGCAUGCAAAAGGGAAAACGAGAUAGCAUGCUCAAAGAUUUCAGCCAUUACAGCUGAAUGCGCAAAUUCAUAUUAUGCAAUGAUGAACGAGAUUUGCACUAGCAAAAAUCCCACCAUCAGGCCUAUUGAAAGGACCAGGAAAGAGCAGAGUUCGCCAAAGCCCAGACCUAGUAAGACCGAUGAACUCUGUGGAAGGAUGAAAGAGGAUCUCUUUGAGCGCCUUCAUGACAACCUAAAUUCUGUGGUGAGACAAGCUUGCAAGACAAAGUACAGGUUUUAUAUCUUGGUCACAUCAGAAGAUCCCUUCUUCAAAAAGACAAAGCACCUUUUGGAGGACGAAGGACAUAUCUGCGUGGAACCUGAGGAGUUUGACUUAGGAAACACAAGACCGCCUUCGCCUUUACUCAUUAUUUUGAGGAAUGAAGACAUUGCCAUGCAUGUCUGCCAGGUCCCGCAUCUACUUGAAUUAAAGAAGUCACCAAGUGUACUCUUUGCUGGCAUCGAUCAACCUGAUGACUUUGUCAACCUCACACACCAAGAGCUGUUUGGCAAGGGCGGUUUUGUGGUGAUUGAUGGGAGCGGUGUGAACAAGCUGACACUGGAGAGCAUGAAAAAAAUUGUCAUGUGUCUGGAGCAGCUGAGCAAAAAGGGAAAAUGGAAAUGGUUCUUGCACUACAGAGACAGCCGCAUGUUUAAAGAAAAUGCACGGUCACAUGAGGAUGUGCAGGAUAGGAAGUACUUCCUGGAUUGCUGUCAGGAAGCGGGAAUUGUGGAAGUCCUGCCCUACCACGAGUGUGAUGUCAUCUCCCGGGAUCAGCCAAACUACUUGCACUGUCUAGUCCGACUCCAGGUUCAGAAUGCCACUACACGAUUUCCCGUUUUUGUUACAGACACACCAGACAGAUCUUUUGGAAAGAAUGGAAUUUUGACAAUGAAUAUGAGCACAUUCACACAGAUACUUUCAAAUGAUUCCUGUACCAUAUCUUAAGUGUAAUAUUGUAUAUACCGGUAUAUAAAUAUAUUUUUAAAUAUGAUGUUAAACGUGUUCUACUUUUGUUUAAUUUAUUGUGAACUCAGCUAUCUUAACAAUUUUUUAAAUUAAGGUUGAAUUUUAAAAAAUCA